AUGGGUGAGGUAAGGGCUUACCGUUGGAACCACGAAGCUGAUGGGAGAUGGGUAGGAGAGGCGAAGCAAAGGUGGAUCUUGAGAUUUGAGCAGAAGUUGGCAUUAUCAAAUUGCUUACCGUUGGAGCUGAGGGAUGGCAAAACUUUGGCAUUUGUCACAUUUCUGGGUGAAGACUUGGGCAUCAGUAUGGACAAUAGGUCAAAAAUAUCUUUGCCUAAUGACCUUGUGAGCGAGAGAUCGGGCACCAAAAUAGUUGCUACAGAUGCCCUUAUGGAUCUCCCAAAGGACAUAGUUGAAUUGGAAUGUGGGAUCCAUUUAUGUUGCACUGUGGUUAAUGGUGCAGAUGGCAACCGUUUGUGUGCUGGGUGCCUCUAUGAAUUCAAUGUGGAUCUUACAAACGAGGCUUCGGUCCGUGGACGAAGCCAACCUUGCCAAGACAUCAACGUGGUUGUUCUCAUAGUGUGGGAUCUGACUGAUGCGAUAAGCGUUGAAGGUUUACAGCAACUGGUGGGCAUACUGGAGGUAUGUUGUUAUGAAGGUGUCUUUGGCAAGGAAGUCACGAUUGACUUGAUGAAUAACCAGCUGAGAGUCGUUGAAUAUCUGAAACUAUCUAGCUCUCAUGUCUUUGGCUAG